AUGAGAGUUUGCGUAGGCCGACCGUUAGGCCUCAGUUUCGAUUUGUUGGUUCGUGAGGGCUCUCACAUCGACUGGGAUCUGCGCUCUGAGGAGAAGGCACUGGAGAAGUUGCCUUGGACCAGGGGGCGAGCUUUCAGUUUCAUCGUCUCCAGCAUCAUCUUUCUGAAUACGGUCUGGCUCGGGCUCGAGACGGAUUAUUACGACGAAAGGAACUAUGUUGGGCAAGUCGAUCCAUGGAGGAUAGUCAACUACACCUUCGUUGGAUUUUUCGUGGUUGAGCUUGUCAUCCGAAUCUACUCCCGGUCGUGGUGGCCCUUCAUUGCAGACAACUGGAAUAAGUUUGACUUUGGCCUUGUGUUGCUAUCCUUAGUGGACACAUUCCUGCUGGAGCAGAUCUCGGACAGUGCAGGUUCUUUGAGCUCGCUGCGCGUUCUGCGCGUGCUGCGCGUAGCACGUGUGCUCAGACUGCUGCGCUUCUUCAAGCCUCUCUGGCUGCUGGUCAUAGGUGCCGUCGAUGCGAUGCGUGCUUUGCUGUGGGCGUGGGUGUUGAUCUCCAUCCUCAUCUACAUCUUUGCCAUCCUGCUGACCCGAACCGUGGGCUUCGCUCAUCGGGGAGCCUCUGAAGAUGUCGACAAAUAUUUCGGAAAUCUCCUGUACAGCUGUUUCACGCUCUUCCAGGUGAUGACCCUCGAAGGCUGGCCAGAUGUCGCGCGGGCGGCUACAGACGUCGAGCCCUGGGUUUGGAUCGUCUUUGUUGCGUUCUUGCUCAUCACGACGUUCUCCAUCAUGAACAUGAUUGUUUCUGUCAUUGUUGACAGCACCCUGGAAGCUGCCUUGGACCAGAAGCUCCAAGCCAUGCGUGACCAGGAAUACCAGACUUCAAUGGCUGCCGUGAAGGUUGACGAGGUUUUUCGACGUGCUGACGGAAAUGGAGACGGUCACAUCACGAAGGAAGAGCUUAUGCAAGCUCUUCUCAAGCCGGAUGUGCGUCUCUACCUGCGGGAAGUUGGCAUUGACAUAACCAAUGCGGAGUUCAUUUUCGACGUCAUUGACUACGACGGCUCUGGGGAGCUGGAGUACAAGGAGUUUGCUCUGGGACUGGUCAAAGCGCGUGGUGAGGCGAAAGCCCAGGAAGUGUUGGCGCUGCAAUGUGACCUUUGGCGGCGGGAGCGAACUCUGCGAAAGGAGCUGCAGACAGUUUGUGUCACAGUUGACUCGCGCAUGCGCUCCAUCGAUGACUCCCUCGAGUCGUUGCGGAACGACUUGCAGGUUGUGGAUAAUGCCCUGCGGAUGAGGUCUCUUCAGCUUCAGUAG